UGCCGUGCGAAGUCACAGGAACCCUCGGCAGAACUCCCACGGAAGACCCUUUCAAAAAUGCGUGGAAGCGGCGCGUUUUACAUAACGAGAAGAAGAACAUCCUCAUCCGACUUCUGCGCUGAAGCAUGUGAUGGCAACAUGUGAGUCGUGGAGCGCUGGGCGGAGUGUUGCAGAGCACAGGGGAGCGUGGAGAGAAAAAGGCUGGGGGAAGCAGAGAGUAUUGAUUUUGAAUCUCAUGGCAGACAUGUUUAAUGUGCAGGAGACCAGACAGCGGGGGAGGAGCGUCAAUGGCAACUGUGCCAUUGUCAGUCUCCCUGGGCAGCGCGGAGGAAAUGUCACCGUGUGUGCUGCUAUUGGCCAACGUGGGGUCCUACAUCACCAUCACCAUCACCAUCCCCAGUUCGGCUCUUUAAUAGUCCCAGUUCAGUUAUGGUCAAAAAUGUCCUCUUAUGUAGGUUUGCAACAGGCUUCACUGGUCCAGGACUGGUCUACGUGUUAUAGUAUCAACACUGUACUCAACACUGGCAUAUGCGUUUGAUGAAACAUUAAUGCCAGUGACGUGUGGUAAAAGUAAAGUAAAAGUAAAAAUUAAUUUCUGUCUAUUUAUCUGUGUUAUACAUGUAAAAAUUUCUGUUCUAUAAUUUCGAUUAUGUUAACAUUUUCCUGAGUAAAACUCGCUAAAUGUGCGCAUUUCCUGAUCUAAUAUGGCGAGUAACCGGAAGUGAGGCACCAACGAUGGGAGCCUCAGCCCCGAUGCUGAAGCUGUCAGUAAAUGGGCUGAUACAAGGCAUAAACCAUUUCUAUUUCACAUCUUGUCUCCGGUAUAAUGAUGGCAGCCUUCAGACAGAUUUAUUCUACGCCAUGACUUUGUACAACCUGCCUAAUGUGUUUAUCUGUGUUUUGUGACAUAAUUACUUUUCUGAUCGCGCUAAAACUGACAAAAAACUGCGGUGAGGCUGGACAGGUCUGCAUCUCAUCCAGAAGGGGGCGCUGUUAACGCCCUUUACGCAAGGUGUUCACACAAAUGGGUUUCAAUUUUCUAAAAAGACUUACUGAAUGACACUAAGUAAAACAAUUCAAGCGCUUGAAAAGUAAAUUUGAACCUUGAGUGAAAUAUUCUGUUCCUAAUGAAGAGCAGACCUGUAAAACUGAUUAAAGCAGUGUUUAAAGUUUUAAAAAGAACAUAAAACUUCACUGCGGGUCAAAAUUUUACAUUUACACCUCAAUAUUUUAGAAUGAGUAUGAAUUGUGAAAAAUACAUGGAGGCUACAGGUCAGCUCUGUUACUGCUAUAAAAAAACAUGUUUCUUCACGACCUAAUAUGUUCCUUUAGGUGAGAUAGUAAUUAUGAUAUAUUGGGAAAUGUGGCCAUGAAUAUGAUCGUAAAAUCUGACUCCACAGCCAUGAACCUCAUCGCGCGCCACUGAUUAAUGCCAUGGAUGGAUUCACCAUUCCAAUCUAGGCCUUCUUUGUCCCUACUGUUCUUGUCUGGAGGAACAUUGCAUCUGACAUGAAUGAGGUCCCCUGCCUGACCGGCAACAGAUGUGGGAUACAGAAUAAUGUGUCAGAUUACUGUACAUUGUUUCACUUUUACCAUUGUUUGAGUUUUGCAAACUAACAUUUGUACCCAACCUCUCACCCAAAAUGGCGUUCACAAGGAUACUACACUAUGACAAUUAUUAUUUUCUAGAGAUCUGUCAUUUAUGUCAUUGCAAGACAGUGGGUUGUGAUAACUAGUUAUAUGUCACAGUGCUUGUCAUUUUUAAAUUGUAUUUAAAUAAUAUGUAUAAAGCAACUGUUAACCAUCACAACUAAAACUACUAUAUGCCAACCAAUCAGUUCAUUGAUUGAAAAUGACUAAAACAGCACGAUGUGAGCUUAUUAGGGAUAACACACACACACACACACACACACACACACACACACACACACACACACACACACACACACACACACACACACACAGGAUUCACAAUUAAGCUGAAUCAGGAUACAGGAGGCCUGAAGAAAAGCUCUGCUAACUGUGCCCUUAAAAAGGAAAGAGACAAGCUGGAACAUGAACUGUUGCCGUGUCAACAGCGGGGUCCAGGAGCCCGGGGCCUGAGUCCCAUACAGUACAUCCAGAGAAAGAUGUCAGAGAUGGAUGCUGCGUUUUUCUUAAUUCACUUUACUAAAUUAAAUGCUAACUAUAGCAAUUUAACUGCUCACCUUUUGUGAAAUGGGUUCUAGUACUGCUAAUAAAGUAAAGUAUGUUUAGCUUCCAUUCAAACCUUGAUUAUAUCGGUUUGCCUGCCCACAUUAGCAGAGAGGAUUAAAUUAUCUCUUCUCGUGUGUUCUAGUACAGUUCUAGUUCUGUAUUUGAAGACAUAGAUGCAUAAUCAGAGAUAUAUAGGAAAGAUGUUGUAUGUUUUUCAUACUUUUUUGGGGUGUAGUGCCAGUCAAACCACAUAAGACAUAACUAAUAUGAGCAAGAAAUAAUAGAGAUGUGUGAUGUUAGCUUGUGGAAAAUCACGUCACUGUUUCAGAACUCUUCUGGUCUCAGGAUGAAGCUUCGAAAAGCUCAGAGGUAAAACCUUAAUGACUCCCAGUCCCAGUUUCCAGCAACCUCUUGUUUUCCUGACUGUAUAAUGAGCACAGCCAAUCACCAAUCAACAUCUGAGAGCGCGAUAACAAGGGUGUGUGGUCAGCGAUGCAGCAAAUCAUAUCUGUGCCUCCUUCUGAGGCAAGAACACACAAGUGGUACAGCUGCUGUGCCGGGGUCCCCACUUUAAUAAUGGAGCAUACUUUUGUUGUUCUGCUGAGCAUAAGAAUCCUCAUUUCGUGCUUAGGACUUGUGGGUAACGUGCUACUCAUCGCUGCCGUCGCUCUGACCAAGCAUUCUCCAGUCAAGUCUUUUGAGCUGUUUCUCCUGGGACUGGCUACCGCCAACUUGGAAGAAAUCCUCAUUGUGAGCAUCUAUGACGUUAUCCUCCUGAAGAUGUUUCACUCGCUGGGCACUUGGUGGUGUGGGUCCUUCAGGUUCCUGACUAUGUUUGGGGAAGAGGCCAGCAUCUAUUUCAGCGUCCUCAUCAGCUUCUUCCGCUAUGAAAAGAUGAGAGACGCCAGCAAGAGGGCCAACGUGCCAGUCUAUCUGGACAGCCUGAAGUCAGCCUGGAUGGUGAGUGGGAUCUGUGUGAUGCUCUCCACGCUACUGAGUUUCCCUAUGUUUUUUAUAAGCCUGCAAAGCCCAGCGGAAAACAUCACAACAGACCGCAGCACCUGCCCCCCAGACUUCUUUCAGUGUCAGAGGUUUCGCCCCCAAAUCAACUGCUUCUACAAAUACUUGUUCGUCGUGAUGUGCAACCUGCUGCCUUUGAUUAUCAUCACAGCCACCAGCUGCCUCACCCUCCAGGCACUCGUCAGCCAGGGAAAGACAGUGACACCAGAGCUGGGUCUGCACGGAUCCAGCCACAGCGGCAAAGGUCCGUGGUUUCAGCGAAGCACCAUAGAUGUACUGGCCGCUAUGAUUUUGUUCCAGGUAGUCUGGAUUUUCUACCUGGUUCUCCAGCUCACUUCCGAUUUCUCUGAUCUUCAUUUUAAGUCUGAAAUAAAAUUCUUUAUUGCCAUUUGCUACACAUCCAUCUGUCCCUAUGUGUAUGGGAUCGGGGGUCACUUAUUCUCUCUUAAGAUCUUCAUAAAGAGAUGAGGUUUAUCUUGAAUCACGUUAAAAUGUGAAACAUGUCUUGAAACUGUGAUGUGAUCAUUUCACAAACCAACAUGACCUGUGUUAGUAAAACAGCCAGAGAGAAUAAGCCAUUCUGUUUUUCAAACUCUCUUACACUGAGAACAUGCAGAGUAAUAGUCUGACUUGGUCUCCUUUCACUAUCUGCUACUGGCCUCUCACUGGAAUGUAAAUAUGCUUGUUUUAUAUUUGUGGACACUCAUCACUGAACCCUGAAGGACCAUUUCUCUCCUGCUGAAUGUAUUUGUGACGUAAACUUUGAUAUCAUUUAAGUACCAAAAUGUACUUGUAUAUGAGUUAAGUAGUCUAUAAAGGUGUCCUUGGGUUUUAUAUCAAUGAAAAGAUUAACUUGCUCCUGUUAAGAGCAAAACUUAUUAUACAUAGGUCAUAUAUUAGUCAUGGUGACUUUAUGAGUCUGUGAAAAUUAUGUGGGUGUUCAUAGGUUGAAAUCUGUGUUAAUACAGGGUUAACUGUGCCUUUAAAAUGCAAAAUAAAACACCUACACUGAAUUUGUAAAAAGGUUUCACUGGCAUGCUUAACAUAAACCACAGCAGCCCUGCAGAUGGCUGUUUAGAAUCAUAACUCAACCCAACAUACACUAAGCAGUUUGAGCUACAAUAAGAUCAUGAUGAGAAUAAACCGUGAGCGUGUGACAUACUUUUUCUCUGUCUUGACAUCUUAAUGUCAGCAUUAUAAGUAAACCUAACAAGAGGUGGAUCAUUGUUAAACUGCACUGUAUAUAAUGGCCACAGUGUAAUUUCGAAAGCAGUCUUAGUAACGAUAGACUGCAUAUUAUGCCUGUUCAUGGUUCACACAGAAUCCACAAAGGCCAUACAAAGUCUGGGUAUUAAUCCAUUGUCUGUGCUGCCACUCUUGAUUUUCAGUGACAUCAGUUGUACAUACAGUAUUAUCUAUUGUGGAAGUUAAAAGAAAAGCUCCAGCACACUUAAUAAGGAAGCUUGUAUUGGCAUCAUAUAUAGAAUUGAUCAUCUAAAUUAUAAAAAUAAGCUUGAUUAUGAUG